AGGAAGAGUCGCUUGUCGGCAUGUUUGUACAGUCCACCCUACAUCAUACAACCAAAAAAGAACAUAUCCCAGAGAGAGCUGCUUAUUAAACGUAAUUUUUAAUUAACUCAGUUGCAUAAUACGAGAAUAGAGCGAUCCUGGAGAUGGUUCAUCACGUAAAUAUAGGAAACUACAGGUCGUUCUGGCUUGAAUAUUUCUGACGUAAAACGUACGACGAUCAGUGGUUUUACUCCCACACAUUCGAAUUCGACUUGAAUUUGACUUUUAUUUGGUCUCCCGUAUGAGUAAAUUGUCUCAGAUUCUACACUUAUUGAACAAAACGUAUAGCAACGUUUCAUUCUUAUCUGUUGGGGUUGAUGUUUCCCCACACGAUGACAGCAGAGGGAGACAGAUGCCUUAAUUUUGAAGUGAACUCACACAGACGUACACUUGUUUUAAAAAAAAAUCCAAAGGAGAAAAAAAAACAAGUCACCCACUACUUACGGAGCUCAUGUUGCCUAAUUUACCUUAUACUGAAUAGGAAAUCCCCAUGAAAUGGGUAUUCUAAGAAACAAUGAGCUCAAACGCACCAGCAGAAUCAUGUUUCCAGUGUAACAAAAUUGAGUUACAUCAUGGCCAGCCCAACUCCGGUCCUUAAUUCCAUAGAAAAUUUGCGGGGUAACAUACAAAUAUGCCGUUAUUGAGGAUUGUGCAACGUUGUCAAAUCAUCCUUGGCUGGGAUACCGUUUCACAUUCUGCAAGAAGUUGCUUACCACCAAGCUAAACAGAUGUGAAUGUAGGAAAGUACAACAUACUCUGAUGUGCUAAUCAUUUUGUGGCUGCUAGUAUCUGUAUGCAAUACAACAAUGUUGCAAUGAUAUUCUCCUUUCAGCUGACUUUGAUCAACAUCUUGGACAGUUUCCAGGCUAUUCCAGGGCACAGACAAAUAAUGCACAAUUCACUCUCACAUUCACAUCUAUGGGCAAUGUUGUGUGUUCAAUUACCUUAAUGUGGAAUGAGGGAGGAAGCUGAAACACCUUGAGAGAAUCUGCAAACUCCAUGCAGGAUGGCCUGAGUCGACUGUGAGGCAGACACGCUCAUCGCUGUUUCACUUGAUGAAAAAACAAAUAUUAUAAAUGCAAGUAUUGUGUAUUUACUGCAGUGCCAAAGGUUAGAGUCAUGAACAAAUUGUGAAACAAAAACAAAACAAAAAACUCCCCACAGCCAAACAGCAGAGCCCCUGACUCACUCACAGUGUGCAUCACUGUCGACACUGGAGUCCAGUGAUGUCAUAAUGAUGUCAAUGCCCCUAAAUGUAAGUUCCACAACGCUGCUGCUGAGUGUGGUAAUAUUUUAGUCUGAGAGAAGACGCGGGAAGGGACACACUCUCUUGAAGAUCCAGGGAGUAGGAAAGUAUGGCUGUGACUGGGGACGAAUCAGAAACAGGCGCCGCAGGUGAGCUCAUUGGCGUCAGCUCCAUUCUCCGGCUGGCUGUGGCACAGAGCAGCGCUCACAGCCCCCAUAAGCCUUUCGAAGAUGUGUCACAGAAGAGGGAACAGCGCUUGAUGAAGAAUAGGGAAGCUGCCCGGGAGUGUCGCCGAAAGAAGAAAGAGUAUGUUAAAUGCCUGGAAAAUCGUGUGGCCGUGCUUGAAAAUCAAAACAAGACUCUGAUCGAGGAGCUAAGAGCCAUGAAAGACAUCUACCAACACAAAGUCGAGUGAUUUUUUUUUCAUUCGAAACAUGGAGGAAGGACAAGCACCCGCAAAUUCCACUGUAAAACCCUCGUGGCAAACAAUCCCCCAAAUCCCUCGUUACAUUUUUGAGAUUUCAGCAUUUUUCUAACGUGCCAACAUCAGCAAACACAGCAAGUUAGGUCAUGUCAGUCUUCAAGAUCAUGUGUGUUGGAAACAGGACAAAAAAGAAUAACCAUGCAAAGAUGCAACUGUCGGAAAAUGUUUCUUGCAGUCACAUUGUCUUUUACCGUUUAGUCUAAAUUACAUUCACAUUAGACCAUGACCUGAUCUUAAGUCGAACAAAACAAGGCUUCUUUUUAUGUAUUCUUCGAUGAAGCUUAUUUAGUUGUCUCUAUUUUUUCUACCAACCAUCCAACGUGAUUUCGGUCACCAGGAAUCAGAGCAGCAGCAUGUGCGGGCUCAUUUUACAACACUAAGAGUCUUUUUAUUCUGUGCCCUGCUUAUCUCCUCCAGCGUUUGAACAACAGUUGUUGGUUUGUUGAGUAAAACAAAAAAAAAAGAGCUUUGAAUGAUGGUGUGGUGAAUUGAUCAAAUUUAUGGUAAUUUUCUCAAGCAGUUGCACAAGCGGAUCCAGAUACAUUUUUUAAAGUAGAUGUAUUGAAUUGCUUGAAUAAAAUACGUCAUUCGUCCAUUACCUACACCCAACA